CAGUGACCACAGUUUCACGCGCACAGGCAUUCUUUCACAGACGCGCGCGCAGAUGCGGACAAUGGGUGCGCAGAAUGUUUCAGCGCGUAUUAAUAUAUAACCUUUAAAUGCGUAUAAGCCUUUCUUAAAAUAUACUCUGUGCAAAAUCGUGAAUAAAUCGUUUUAAAUUGGGUUAGAAACCUAUAUUCCUACCAAUUCUCGCGGGGCAAUGGAUUUACGGAAAAUGAAUGAAACUCAGAUCCCGUUUUGGGAAUGUUCAAGAACUCCAGACAAUUCCAGCGUGAACAGCCCAGCGUUGGAAGUUAACGCCACCUGUAGCAAUGCGUCAAUAAUUCAGAAAUUCAAACCUACACGACCAAAAGAAAUGGACUCAGUGAGGAUUAUUCUUUACUCACUUGUCUUUCUCCUGAGUGUUUUUGGGAACCUGCUGAUCAUUGUGGUCCUAAUAGCAAACAAGAGAAUGCGGACUGUCACCAACUCCUUCCUUCUCUCGCUGGCUGUUAGUGAUCUCAUGAUGGCCAUCUUCUGCAUGCCCUUUAAUCUCAUCCCCAGCCUGCUGGAGGACUUCAUCUUUGGAGCAGCGAUGUGCAAGACAGUCGCCUAUUUCAUGGGUAUAUCUGUCAGCAUCUCCACCUUCAGUCUGGUGGCCAUUGCCAUUGAAAGAUACAGUGCCAUUUGCAACCCGCUGAAGUCCAGGGCAUGGCAGACCCGUUCUCAUGCCUACAAGGUCAUCGCUGCCACAUGGACUUGGGUAAUCUCAGUCAGUAUAUCUGUCAGCAUCUCCACCUUCAGUCUGGUGGCCAUUGCCAUUGAAAGAUACAGUGCCAUUUGCAACCCGCUGAAGUCCAGGGCAUGGCAGACCCGUUCUCAUGCCUACAAGGUCAUCGCUGCCACAUGGGUACUAUCUGUGGGUAUCAUGGUGCCCUAUCCUGUGUUUAGUAUACUGGUGCCAUUCAACAAACCAAACAACAUCACGGCUCACAUGUGCAGGCUUGACUGGCCCAUCAGUCAGGUGGAACAGACUUGGUAUGUCUUGUUGCUCUUCAUUCUGUUCUUCAUCCCAGGUGUGGUGAUGAUAAUUGCCUACGGUCUCAUAUCCAGAGAACUUUACAGAGGGAUUCAGUUUGAACUGGAGCAGAAGAAAGACUCUAGGGGUGUAAAGAAUGGGUUGAAUGGUGCACUGUCUUCUGGCCAUGAUGAGAGCGAUGGAUGUUAUAUCCAAGUCCCAAAGAAGCCCCCUGCUAUGGAACUUUCUGCUCUGACCACCUCCGGCACCGUCAAGGCAGACCGUCCACGGAGCAACACCUCAGAGGCAAAGCUCAUUGCCAAAAAACGAGUGAUCCGAAUGCUGAUCAUUAUAGUAGCCAUGUUCUUCAUAUGCUGGAUGCCUCUAUACUCUGCCAACACCUGGAAGGCUUUCGACCAAAAGUCAGCCCAGCGUGCACUUUCUGGAGCUCCCAUCUCCUUCAUUCAGCUUCUGUCCUAUACCUCAGCCUGCGUCAACCCCAUCAUCUACUGCUUCAUGAACACCCGCUUCCGGAAGGCUCUCUUGGUCACAUUUGGGUGUUGCAGGAGCCCAUGCCACAAGCAGAGGAAGAGGAGGGAAGGUGAUGAUGAGAUCACUGGAGUCACAGGGGCGUCCAUAACAAAGUUCAGUUAUACCACCGUUAGCACGGUAGGACCGUGUUAGCAUUAGCAUUGCAGGCGUCUCCAGUUUGAUCCUGUGCGCUUGUGACAUGUACUGAGUUCAGAUCACCAGAUGUGUUCUUCUUUUUCAUGGUGUCAACAUGCUUUGUUCAAUGUGCCAGUGUUCAUUUUUAUUGGGAAAAGAAUACCUCAUUUGUCUGGUCUUUCUGCCCAAAGUUGGUGUGUCAGUGGUAAACUGUCUUUCUGUAGUUCAAUUUAUAUCAUUAUUGUGAUACAGUCAAAAGGUUUGGUGCACGGGAUGUGCAAAGAUGUAGCUAUAUUUUUAUUGUGUAAGACUUGUACCUUUGAUGUUAUAGAACCAAAUAUUGCAUGUUGCAUGUUGCAUGAUCAUACACAAGACUACUCUUGUAGAUAGCAGCUUUCCGGCUACAAAAUGGUACAUUUUCUUGUCUAUUUUGAGUGUUGUGGUGUAUCAUCUGUUUUUUUUGUUCUCUGUUUUGUUCUGUGAUGGUAUCUUUGUCUUAAUGAGCUUUGCUUAAAUGGCACAACUGAGACUCCUUCUUUUGUGUAUUCUGAUAAUAACAACAUCAGAUGGUUUUGUAGGAGACAAUGUUUAAUUUGAUCUCCUUCUUUUCUGAUGCACAUCUACUACAAGUUAUCCUACAUGAAGAUGUAUCAGGUGGGCAAGGCAAUUCAGUCGUCAACAGAAUCAACGGUCUCUUGGAAAUCUUCACCCCAGUUGAAGUAAUGCCCCGGUCAAAACUGCCAAGCUGCAUGACAGGUUGGAAUUUUAAUGCUCUGGCACUGGAGAUAGUGAUUUAAAUGGAAAAUAAUAAACUGUAGGGGGAAGUUUGAUGUGAUUGCCUUGGAGGCACUAAUGUUCUAAUACACAUUCUCACUAAAACACUGAAAAAAAGAAAAGAAAAAAAAGCAUUCAGUCUAUCUCACAUUGCAAUUGCUCUAAUUGAUUUCUUCCUUAUUGGUGAAGCUGAUGAGACACCUGGGAUAUUCGGCUUCUCGCCUUGCCCCAACGAACCCUCUCUGAAUAUAUAAAAGGAGAUCUAAGCUCUUGUUUGUGCUGAAAUUAAUUUAUUCAGCGGUUCAUGCUAAACAUAAAAGCUGGAUCUGCACAACGAAACCAAGCGUUUUAAAAUUCAUCCUCAAACGGAUGGAGCGCACAUGAGAUGUUUGU